AUGUUGCGAAUACGUUAUGUUGGUCCAUUGUUGGUCUCACAUAUUCGCCGAGGCACUUUCAUUCGGGGCGUAGCUAAUAAGGAGUCCGUCGAUGUUACGGCCUUGAGGACUCCCGAUGAGAUCCUAGAGUGUCUUACUGGGCUAGACCAACCACCUCUCUCUAUCUGUAGCUCUAUCACUCUACGUGCCCUCGCACUGUUGCCAGCAUUCACACUAGGACAGUGCGCUACGUUGCUGCUAGCUCUACAGAAGAUCGGUGCCGAGACGGAGGUUCGUGAGUUGGCCGAGGGUAUCACCGAGGGCCUCUUCCAAGCAGAGCUCCCUAUGGAUGAUAGUGAGGGUGCUUGGCGUUACUUGGAAGCCCUAAGCUUCUCCCUCCCGGAGUCCCUGAAAGAGGACGAGAGUCUGACUCAUAUGAUAUUGGGAUGUGCAUGUGAAAAUGUUGUUAACGUACCAGUAGUGUCUGUCUGCCAAGGACUCGUCAGCCUUCUAAGAGCUGGUGUACUGAGGCGCCAUGCUCCUGUGGUUGCGGAACAACUUGACCUAUUAGGGAGUCGACUACAAGGCGGCGCAAACCCUACUGAUGUGUGCCGUCUCCUCGCCCUCACCGUCAAGCUAUUGCGAAUCUGUCCCGAUAUUGUUCCAGAGAGGUUUCUGGAGAAUGCAGUGGACUACAUCUCCGCUCGGACACAGCAGUUCGCUGCUGAGCAGUUGGCGUCUAUUGCGGUCGCUCUAUGGCGUCUCGAAGAGAUCAUUCCAGAGUUCAAUGCAACGGUGCAUAUAAUUGAACGGUUAAGCGCAGAGUUGAUCUGGAAGUAUUCUCAGCUCCGGCUAAGCCCUGCCUUGAAUGCAGUUGAGGGCCUCGUGAAUCUACGAAAUUACGUUGCCCUGGACGAUUCAGAGCGUCUACGGCCUUUAGUGGUUCAUGUGGCCAAACGGGUCCAUGCCUUGGACCCUGAGCAAGUUUUGAGAUUGAUGGAGGUGUUGAAGUGCUGCCAUUCAGCUGAGAGGAUGUGCGAGCCACUCGUGCUCAAUGCGCUUGCAGAACAGCCAAAUGCUGUUCUUCCAGGCUAA